CCUCAAGUUUGUCUACUCCACCUACAAUAUGACUUCCCCAACACUUUCCCUAAACGACCCCAGCCUAUUGGUUGGCAAGAACUACAUCAACGGCCAGUGGGUCGAAGCGGCCUCAGGCAAGCGGUUCAACGUGACAGACCCUGCAACUGGGAAUCUCAUCGGAUCCUGUCCCGAGUCAGGCUCCGUCGAUGCGGAGAAAGCAAUUCAAGUUGCAGCAGCCGCGCUCCCCUCAUGGCGCUCCCGCACCGGUCGCAACCGCAGCCGGAUUCUUCGUCGGUGGUUUGAAUUAGUCCUCGAGAAUAAAGACGAUCUGGCACGCCUUAUUACGUUGGAGAACGGCAAAGCCAAGUCGGAUGCCACUGGGGAGGUUCUUUUCGCAGCAAGCUUCCUUGAAUGGUUCGCGGAAGAGGCCGCACGGAUCUACGGCGAUGUUAUUCCUCACAGUCAGCCUGGGUUCCGGGUUUCGGUUUUGAAAGAGCCGAUUGGGGUUUGUGGGCUGAUUACACCAUGGAAUUUCCCCGCUGCCAUGGUCAUCCGGAAACUAGCCCCUGCCCUAGCGGCUGGCUGCACCGUGGUCUUAAAAACGGCGGGUGAGACGCCAUUCACCGCUAAUGCCUUGCUGCAGCUGGGUGAAAGGGCCGGAGUACCAGCCGGUGUCAUCAACAGCGUCAACGCUCUAGAGAAUACUCCGGAAAUCGGACAGGUACUUUGUUCCUCAGACAUAGUGCGGAAGAUCUCAUUCACGGGGUCUACUCGAGUGGGGAAGCUGCUCAUGCAACAAUCCAGCAAUUCGUUAAAGAAACUCAGUCUCGAGCUUGGGGGAAAUGCUCCAUUUAUUGUCUUUGAUGAUGCGGAUUUGGAUAUUGCUGUGGAUGCUGCGAUCACCAGCAAGUUCAAGUCCUCGGGACAGACUUGUGUGUGCUCCAAUCGGAUUUUUGUUCAGCAGAGCAUUUAUGUUGAAUUUAUUCGACGAUUGAAGGAUGCUGUUGGGAGAUUCCAUUUGGGUUAUGGGUCGGAUGAGAAGACUACACAUGGGCCGUUGAUUACAUCCGCUGCAGCAGAGCGGGUUGCUGCUUUGGUGGAAGAUGCCGUUCAGCAUGGGGGGAAGGUCGAGAUCGGUGGUCAGCGUCGAGCUGAUCUGGGCCCAAACUUCUUCGAACCUACCAUCAUCACCAACGUCAGCCCAGGCAUGCGGGUGGUGAGUGAAGAGAUCUUCGGCCCAGUAGCACCAAUCUUCUCCUUCGAAACCGAAGACGAAGUGAUUACUGCAUCCAACAACUGCGAUGUCGGAUUGGCCUCGUAUAUCUUUACCCGCGAUGUGGCGCGUGCCAAUCGGGUAUCGGAACUGUUGCAAUUUGGCAUGGUCGCGAUCAACGCCGGCGUGGUAUCUGAUGCCGCUAGUCCAUUUGGGGGUAUCAAGCACUCGGGCAUUGGUCGAGAAGGUAGUAAGUACGGGAUUGAGGAUUAUCUGCAGACUAAGACGGUGGUUACUGGGAAUAUCCAUGUGGUGCAUAAAUCGGUGCUGUAG